AUCGCAACAUCGAAAAGAGUCGACAAUGUCGGAGUCAAUUGAUCUGAAAGAGAUCCAUGAUGUCCUUAUUGACAUCGCUGCUGAAGCCGGCAAGGUGAUUACUAGCAGUUUGCCUACCAUCAACUCGACAGACUCGAAGAAGAACAGCUCCGAUCUGGUCACUGAAUAUGACAAGGCUGUAGAGAGUAUGGUCUCGCAGAGACUAAAAGCAAAAUAUCCGGAUUACGACUUCCACGGCGAAGAGACCUACUCCCCCGACCACCCUCUAACCGACAAACCCACCUUCAUCGUCGACCCCAUCGACGGCACUACCAACUUCGUCCACGGCUUCCCCAGUUCAUGCAUCUCGUUGGGUUUCGCAAUCAACCGCAAACCCGUCGUUGGCGUCGUCUACAAUGCCUUUACCUCAACACUAUAUUCCGCCAUCAAGGGCCAGGGCGCAUUCCUGAAUCAUACUACGCCUCUACCAUUGAAACAAGGAGAUAAAUUAGAGGCUCUAGAUGGACUUGACAAAGCCCUAAUUGCGCUAGAAUGGGGCUCAGAGCGAAGUGGACCGAAUUGGGAGACUAAACUCCAGACGUUCGCGAGUUUGGGUAAGACACGGGAGAAUGGAGGUGCAAUGGUUCAUUCUAUACGGAGUUUGGGCUCGGCGGCGCUGAAUAUUUGUGCUGUUGCGUCGGGGGUUCUUGAUCUGUAUUGGGAAGGGGGCUGUUGGGCUUGGGAUGUUUGCGCUGGAUGGAUUAUCUUAGAAGAAGCCGGUGGGAUUAUGGUAGGUGGGAAUAAAGGGGAUUGGGACCCUGCCAUUGAUGGAAGAGCUUAUACGGCUGUUCGACCGUCGCCGGGUGGUAAAGGUCAGAAAGAGCUUGUGGAAGAGCUUUGGCGUCAUGUACAUGGACGAUUGGAAUAUUGAUCUCAGCCCGGUUGUAUAGAAAGGGACAUUAGAAUUUGUGAAUCAUAGCUAAUGGAUAGAACAUCAAAAUGGAUAUACCUACGUUACUCU